AUGUUUCGAAUCUGGUUGCUAGUUGUGCAUACGAGCGCAGUCAAUGUAUUCGGCAUUACCCUUCCAGGCGAUUUUCUACAAGGAAACGGACGUAUUGUUGGUGGGAACAAUGCUGUCUCGAGACAGUUCCCAUUCAUGGCCUCCCUGCAUACCGCUGUGAACGAUCAUAUCUGUGGGGCCUCAAUUCUAAGCGAGCGUUGGCUUGUGACAGCUGGUCAUUGUACAGUUGGAAGACUACCCGAAGGUGUUCGAGCUGUCGUUGGAUCACAUUUGUUCAACGCAGGAGACCAUCAUCGGGUGGCUCGUAUAGUGAACCACCCUUCGUUCGACCCAAUAACCUCUCGGGGUGAUGUUGCGUUGGUACAAACUUCAUCGAUGAUGAUAUUCAUUCCCGUCGUUCAGCCAAUCGCUCUGGCAGACGAGAUCGUAGAAGCGGCAGUUGGUGCCAUAAUAGUUGGUUGGGGAAGGUUGAGCGCCACUGGUGGAUUUUCGAACACUUUGCAAUGGAAAAAUGCUGAAAUUAUCUCGCUUGGUGAGUGCCGUGGGCGGUUUUCAGAUUAUUUUGCUUCGCUAGUUUCCACCGAAAACAUUUGUACGACGAGUGCCCCGGGUGGAGGUGUUUGCUACGGUGAUGCUGGUGGUCCUCUAGUUUUAAAUGAUCAACUGCAAGGUAUUGUUUCUUGGUGGAUCGGAUGUGGCACCAGUACGCCUGUGGUUUACACCCGUGUAUCGUCCUAUCGCGAAUGGAUUUUGGAUACGAUCAGAUCGUAAAGUUUUAUGGAACAUGACAUGAUGAAAAUAAAAUAUUUG